GAAAACCUCUCCCUCAUUGAAAACACCACUAAACAACAUUAAACUUUGCACCUUCUUUUUCUUUCUUUCUUUCUUUCUUCUCUUCCCUUUCUCUCUCUCUGGUACUUUCAUGGAGGUGUUCAAACUUUAUUCCUCUAUUUUCUUGUUCUUCUUUGUCUUGACCGAAGGCUUAUCUACAACACUCACUGAGUCAUUGCUUUCUUCUUCUUCUUCACCAGAUGUUGAGCUUCUCUUGGGAAAGAUUAAAGCUUCGUUGCAAGGUAACACUGACAACUUACUCUUAUCUUCAUGGAACUUUUCUGUUCCUCUUUGCCAAUGGAGAGGACUUAAAUGGGCCUUCUCCAAUGGGAAUGUUCUUUCUUGCACUGACCUUUCUUCACCACAAUGGACUAACCUCUCUCUUUCCAAGGACCCAUCUUUACACCUUGUUUCACUUCAGCUCCCAUCUGCUAACCUUACUGGUUCACUCCCUAGAGAGCUUGGCGAGUUUUCUAUGCUUCAAAGUCUUUACCUUAACAUUAACUCACUGAGUGGAACCAUCCCUCUUGAACUUGGUUACAGCUCUUCAUUAUCCGAUAUUGAUUUGAGUGACAACUUGCUCACUGGGGUUUUAGCUCCCUCCAUCUGGAACUUGUGUGAUGGACUUGUUUCUCUCAGGCUUCAUGGUAAUUCACUAUCUGGGUCUCUUUCUGAACCUGCAUUACCAAAUUCUACUUGUAAGAAUUUGCAAUCCCUUGAUUUGGGUAACAACAAGUUUUCAGGGAAUUUCCCAGAGUCUAUAACUCGGUUUCAAGCUCUUAAAGAGCUUGAUCUUUCAGGUAACAUGCUUUCAGGUCCAAUUCCAGAGAGUUUAACCACUUUAAACCUUGAAAGAUUAAAUCUUUCCCACAAUAACUUCACUGGAGCGCUGCCUGUUUUUUAUGAAAGAAAGUUUGGUGCGGAGGUUUUUGAAGGUAACAAUCCAGGGCUUUGUGGAUUACCUCUAAAUAGUUGCAAUGGAAGGUCUCAAUUGAGUCCAGGUGCAAUUGCUGGCAUUGUGAUUGGUCUGAUGACUGGAGUGGUUGUUUUGGCUUCAUUGUUUAUUGGCUAUGUGCAGAACAAGAAGAGGAGAAGUAGGGAAGAUAGUGAAGAGGAACUGGAGGAAGGAGAGGAAUAUGAAAAUGGUGUUGGCGAUGAGGGAGGCAGUGGAGAGAGCAAGCUUACUUUGUUCCAAGGUGGCGAGCAUUUGACAUUAGAGGAUGUGCUGAAUGCAACUGGUCAAGUCAUGGAAAAGACAAAUUAUGGGACUGUCUAUAAGGCAAAGCUUGCUGGUGGAGGAAAUAUAGCAUUAAGGUUACUGAGGGAAGGUAGUUGCAAGGAUAGGAGCUCAUGUCUGCCAGUCAUAAAGCAACUGGGGAAAGUUAGACAUGAGAAUUUGGUUCCACUUAGAGCUUUUUACCAGGGGAAGAGAGGGGAGAAGCUUCUUAUUUAUGACUAUCUUCCAAAUAGAAGCCUACAUGACUUUUUACAUGAAUCAAGAGCAGGAAAGCCAGUUCUGAACUGGGCUCGACGGCACAAGAUUGCCUUGGGCAUAGCCAGAGGACUAGCAUAUCUUCAUGCAGGUCUAGAGAUUCCUAUUACCCAUGGGAGUGUUAGGUCAAAGAAUGUGCUUGUGGAUGACUUUUUUGUGGCCAGGCUCACUGAGUUUGGACUUGACAAGCUAAUGAUCCCAUCUGUAGCUGAUGAAAUGGUGGCCCUUGCAAAGACUGAUGGUUACAAGGCACCAGAACUCCAAAGGAUGAAGAAAUGCAACUCCAGAACAGAUGUUUAUGCAUUUGGGAUAUUGCUAUUGGAGAUUUUGAUAGGAAAGAAGCCUGCGAGAAAUGGAGGGGGCAAUACUGCUGUGGAUUUGCCUUCAAUGGUGAAAGUAGCAGUUUUGGAAGAGACAACAAUGGAGGUUUUUGAUGUAGAAGUCUUGAAGGGUAUCAGGAGUCCAAUGGAAGAUGGAUUAGUUCAGGCAUUAAAGCUUGCAAUGGGUUGCUGUGCUCCUGUAGCUUCAGUUAGACCCACCAUGGAUGAAGUUGUGAAGCAGUUGGAAGAGAACAGACCAAGGAACAGAUCUGCCCUAUAUAGCCCUACAGAGACAAGGAGUGAAGUUGGUACCCCCUUCUGAGCUAUGUUUUCGAGUUUUUCAUCAAAUUAUGACUUUCAUUUGCCUUACUGGUAUUAAUAUCUGCUUGUCGAGUAGGAAGUGGCGGUGAAUGAUUAAUGUUUCUUCAAAGAGGUUAUAUUUUUCAAUGGUGGAAAUUUAAUCUUAGGGUCUAUGUAAUUCAUGACAACUGAUCCCUUAAAAGUUAUUGUGGAUUCUUAAAUAGAAAUUUGAAAUAUGCUCGGCAUUUUCUGUACUUACAAACAGCAGCAACAUCAAAACAACAGUUUUAUUUGCUUUCUUUGAAGUUUGAACAACAUCGCUUAUACACCACAUGACACAACAAAACAAAUUAACUUCUGAAC